AUGAUGGAAGUUGACGAAAAACCGGUGUCUAUAUCUACAAACGUUCAGCAGGUACCGUUAUAUCUUUUUUGUUGUUUACGAUGUUUUCGAAUCAAGUCUUAUUUUUAUAUUUGUAGGAGAACAAUGCUGCAAUAAAGAGCAGAGUGGCAGCACACAGUCAUGUGAAAGGAUUGGGAUUGGACCCAGCUACAGGAGAUGCCAUUGACAAGUCUACUGGCUUUAUUGGUCAGAAACAAGCUCGAGAAGCCGCUGGAAUCAUUGUCGAGUUGGUGAAGCAGAAGAAGAUGGCUGGUCGAGGUGUUCUGUUCUCAGGAAAGCCUGGUACUGGAAAGACGGCCAUUGCUCUGGCGAUCGCUCAAGAAUUGGGAGAUAAAAUACCUUUUGUUCCGAUGGUGGCGUCAGAAGUCUAUUCUUCUGAAGUCAAGAAGACUGAAGUCUUGAUGGAAAACUUCAGAAGAGCUAUAAGUAAGUAUUCUUUUUUUGUGCUUUGAUGUUUAGGUAUCAAAUAUCUAUAUUAAUGUUUAGAUGUGCGAAUGAUGGAAAAGAAAGAGGUAUACGAGGGAGAAGUUGUUCAAGUUACUCCAUUUGAACAAGAAGGCGUCAACUUUGGAUAUGGAAAGACGAUCAGCCAUGUAGAGAUUAUUCUGAAAACUGCUAAAGGUUCAAAGAAACUAAAAUUAGAUCCAUCAGUCUACGACGACUUGUUGAAACAGAAGGUUGAGGUUGGGGAUGUCAUCUAUAUUGAUGUAAAGGCAGCUUCAGUCAAAAGAGUAGGAAGGUCUGAUGUGUUUGCUAGUGAAUUUGAUGUAGACGCAGAUGUGUACGUGCCGAUGCCUAAAGGAGACGUUUAUAAGGUUAAAGACGUUGUUCAGUUCUGUUCUUUGCAUGACUUCGAUGUGGCUAAUAUAAAUCCAAAUGGCGGUCAAGGAGAUGCCUUAUCUUUCUUUAAUCAGUUAAUGAAACCAAAGAAAACAGAAAUUACUGGUAAGCUUAUGUAUUAUUUUCGUGGAGAGACCUAUUAUAAACUUGAUAUGUGUUUUAAUACUAUUUUACACAUGUGUUUCAAUAUAAAUUGGUUUUAGAGAUGCUACGUGAACAAGUUAACAAAGUGGUAAACAAUUUUAUCGAAGAAGGAGUGGCUGAACUAUUACCUGGAGUUCUAUUCAUCGACGAGGUGCAUAUGCUAGAUCUGGAGUGUUUUACCUUCUUGCAUCGAGCUCUUGAAUCUCCAAUCAGUCCGAUCGUUGUCUUUGCCACGAACAGAAACCUGAACUCUGUAGACAAGAACGAGCCUUGCAUUCCAUUGGAUCUGCUGGAUCGACUUCUUAUUGUACAUACUAAACCUUACGACAAAUUCGAAAUUGGCUCUGUAAGUUUCAUACUGCUAUGUGUUGAAGGUUGUUUUAUACACAAAAUUUAACGGCUUUAUUAAAAAUUAUAUAACCUAAAAAUAUUUUACGUAAUUUUGCUUACUUCAUCAAGUUUUAGAUAGUAAAAGUUCGCGCAGACGCCGAAGGAGUUAAGUUAAGCGAAAAGUCGGUGGAGAAGCUGAGCAAUGUGGGCAAAGAAGCUUCUUUACGGUAUGUGAUGCAGUUAUUGACACCAGCUAAAGUUCUGGCACAGCUAAAUGGAAGGGAUAUUAUUGAAGUAAGUUUUUAGGUAAUAAAAUAGCGUUUCUUUAUAAUUAAAACUAUAAUUUUCAAAAUUUAUUUGUUGUUUUUCAGCCUCAAGAUAUUGAAGACUGCGAGAGUCUGUUCCUGGAUGGCAAAAGAUCGGCGAAGAUCGUCUGA